AUGCCUCCGCUUCGAGAAGCUGGCUCCCCGCCGCCCCGUCACUGGCGCGCCUCCGCGCCGUCGUGCCACCAUCCGCCGCGCCCCUCGGAUCUACGCAUAGCCCCGCAAGUCUCCUUCCAUCGCCACUCGCAGCAGCCGCCCAACGUCCCCGUGCUGUCGUCUCCCCAUCUGCCGGCACUUCCUCUGUUGGUCGCCGCCGGCAGCCGCACGAAGGAGAGCUCCUGGAAGGGCCUGGCCGCAAGAUCCACGGCAGAGAAGCAGUUCUCCCAGCUCAAGGAAUUCUUGCUGAGAACUGGACUUGAGUACACACCAAAGCAAGUGAGGAACAAAUGGACCAAGUUAAAACGUGAGUACAACACAUUCAAGAAGCUCAAGUUGCGCGAGACUGGAGGGGGCUGGGACUUUGAGAAAAACACUAUCAAACAAGAUAAUAAGUGGUGGAAAAAGGCGAAAGUUGACCUCCCUGGUUGUGGCAAGUUCAAGAAGCAUGGACUUCGUAAUGAAGAAGGCUUGUGCAUCUUGUUUGAGGAUAUCAGUGUUGACGGCACUGACCAUUGGAACCCCGCAUCUGGUCUACCUCCCCCCUCUAGUUCGGCAUUGAAAACCGCCUUGAAUGUCGAUGAAAUCACCGAUCUUGAUUUGGAGGAUGAUAUCAAAGAGCAACAUUCUCCAUCAGUAGCUAGUUCAUCUAAAGUUAGGCUUGGGGUCACGAUUCCGGAGAAGAACAAGAAACCGAAGACUGCACAAGUGAUGCAAGAGGAGAUUAGAAAGAUUAGUUCUAUUGCCCACGCUUCACACAUAUCGUUUCAAUCUUUCCUAAAGAAAGAUGAGACCGUUUAUGUUGCCUCUACCAUGGAUUUAGUUCGUGAUUGUGGCGCAAUAGACGGCACUGACGAGCAUUUCAUUGCUACUGAGCUUUUUCUGAAGAGAUAGAAAAGAGAGAUGUUCUUGCACAUGACAUCCGACUCCCGAAAAGGGUUGGUUGCGUAGGAGGUUUGACCUCAAGUAUGGGGACUAGUUUGUUCUAUCUUAUCUUAGCUAUGGGAACAACAUUUAUGCAUAUGUUGGCGAACCUAUUAUUAUCUUGUGCUAUCGGUACAAUAUUUAUGCCUAUGUUGGCGAACCUAUUAUUAUCUUGUGCCGGGAACAAUAUUUAUGCCUAUGUUGGUGAA